AAUUCGAAAAACAUUGCCUCGAGAAUUUUAACGAUAAACUCUGCUCUCUAUUUAAAAGAGAUAAGUACGAUUUUCGUUCUACAGCAACUAUAGAACAUUUAAUCAGAAUCAGUAUAGAUUUUAAUUAUUGAUGUUAUUAAAAAGAAUUUCUCCAAAACUUGUAUAAAACACUCAAAAUUGAGCGAUAAAGGAAGAAGUUAAUUUGAAAAUAUUUGGGCAAUGAAAUGAAAAUAUGAGUGAUAUUCAAAGCUGUUCAGAAGUUGCUACAACGACGAGGACGCUGGAAACUGCCGAAGCCCAGUUUGUGAACAUUGGUGAAUUUGCAGAUGCUUGUAAAUCAGAUUAUUUAGAUUUAGCGUCAGGAGAGAAUUACACUUCAGAAGAAGAUAGAGACAAUCUUCUAAAUGUUGAUGGAAUAUGCGGAGAUACACUAAAGGAAAUGGAAGAAUUAUUCGACAUAGGAAAUCUGUUUGGAAGUACUGGUAAAAAAUUAACGUCACAAGAAGCGAUGAAGGAAGCGGUAGCCGAUAAUUUGGAAUGCUCUCAACAAUUUACAGCAUCAUCAAAGAAUAUGGAGAAAAUAUCAAUAUUAAUGCGUAAUUUUAGUGAAAACCCUGAAGCGGAGCACGAAAUGAAAAGGAUUCAUUUUAAAGAAUUACCAAGAGAUGUAGAAGUAAAUGGAACGAUUGUUACUAUUCAAGUAUAUUUUCCGUGUAAAAAUACAAGUGCUAAGCAUAGACAGACAUAUUUCUGCUUUGGAAAGCAAGAAACAUCGUUGUUAAAUUGCGAAGUAGAUAUGCUUUCUUCUCAAACUCUAGCCGAUUUGUGCGAUACAAUUCGCUGCAUAAAUGAUACAUGCUUCCUACCAGUUUCUGACGUUUAUUUACCCAGCAAGAAAGUCGUUCCCGGAAGAAUGUUCUUUAUUAAUGGUGUCUUCUACGAUGAUACGAGAAAAGCCAACGCAGAAAUAUAUAGCAAGGAAAUAAUUAAAUGGCUGAAUAAGAAACCUCGAAAUUUUAAAAUGACUAAAGCAAGAUCUAUGGACAGUACCAAACUAGCUGAUUUAAGAGUGCAAUUGAACACACCUUAUUUAUAUCUACAUCAGGGAAAUUGUGAACAUAUAAUAUCAUUUAAAAAUCUGCGACGCUUGCAUCCGAAGGAUUGUCACAUUAUGAGAGCUUAUCCUUUAGUUACUUAUUUUAACCGUAGAGAGACAGUUCGAUGUCUCGUUUGUAUCAAACCAGCUUAUUGGCAAGUUUCAAAUAGUAAACGGUGUAUGCAGAAUCCAACUAAUUUAUGUAUGACUUGUCAUAAAUGCUUGCAUUUUGAUGAAAACGGUAAGCCCGUUUGUGAAUUUAAUGCAAUAUUUAUCGAUGACUUUAGAAUGUAA